AGCAGGCGCCCCUAGACCCCGCCCCUGAGUGCGCACGCGCGGCCCAAGCGGUUGCGGCCCCGCCAUCUUACGGAGGCGUAGCCGCUUCCGGGAGGAAAGGUGGGCGGCUCCCGCGCCAAAUACGAAUCCGACGCCGGGCCUCAGUGAUAAAGUGGGACGUCGCGGUGCCGUUGGCCGCGCAGUCUUUACAGCUGAUAGCCUCAUAUUGGCAAGGCGGAAUUCAGAACAAUGGGAGUGACUAAUCUAUGGCAGAUCUUGGAGCCUGUGAAAGAACAUGUUCAUCUGAGCAGUCUCAGUGGAAAAACCCUUGCUGUUGAUUUAAGUCUAUGGGUGUGUGAGGCACAGACUGUUAAAAAGAUGAUUGGAGUAGUCACCAAGCCUCAUCUUAGGAAUCUAUUUUUUCGAAUCUCUUCUUUAACCUCAAUGGAGAUCAAAUUGGUGUUUGUGAUGGAGGGGGAUGCCCCAAAGCUGAAAGCAGAAACAAUGAGUAAGAGGAAUGAGCUCCGCUAUGGGUCUUCAAAAAAACCUAGGGCUGCAAAAACAGGGAGAUCCUAUUUUAAAUCAGUUUUAAAAGAGUGCCUUGAAAUGUUGGAGUGUUUAGGAUUACCUUGGGUUCAAGCAGCUGGUGAAGCGGAGGCGAUGUGUGCUUACCUGAAUGCAAAUGGAUAUGUGGAUGGCUGCAUUACCAAUGAUGGAGAUGCUUUCUUGUAUGGAGCUCAAACAGUUUAUAGGAAUUUCACCAUGAAUGUAAAGGACCCACAUGUUGAUUGCUAUACGAUGUCCUCUAUUAAGGAGAAACUACGUUGUGACAGAGAGUCUCUGAUUGGGCUAGCAAUUCUUCUUGGUUGUGAUUAUCUUCCUAAGGGAGUGCCAGGAGUUGGAAAAGAACAAGCUUUAAAGUUAAUUGAGACUUUGCGAGGUCAAAGUUUACUGCAGAGGUUUGAUCAAUGGAAAGGACAGCUUCAAUGUGGUAAUUCAUCUGUUCUGACAGUUAACAAGAUGACUCAUUGUUCUGUGUGCCAUCAUCCAGGUUCUUGUAAGGACCAUGAGCUCAGUGGAUGUAAACUGUGUGGAAGUGUUAUGUACUGUGAACCACAUGACUAUCAAUACUGCUGCCCUUGUGAGUGGCAUUGUUCAGAGCGAGUGAAACAGACAAAUGCAGUGGAGGACAAUAUCAGAAAAAAAGCUAGAGAUUGUGAGGGCUUUCCAUUUUCUGAGGUUAUCGAAGAAUUUCUUGUAAACAAAAACAAACUCGUCAGGAUAAUGGAGUGCCAGAGGCCAAAUUUAUUGUCCUUUCAGAGACUUGCUUUUGAGAAGAUGGAAUGGACCAAACACUAUGCUUGCAAGAAACUGUUGUCACUGUUGACACGCUAUGACAUGAUCAAAAGAAAGUCUGGUCAGACAGAUACAGAGCAACUGCAGGCAAUACGGAUAGUCAGGACACGUGUUAAAAAUGGAAUUCCUUGUUUUGAAAUUGAAUGGCAAAAACCAGAGCAUUAUGUUACAGCAGAUGAUCAGCCCACAGAGUCCUUUGUGGUUACAGUAGAGGAAGAAGCUUUGUUUCAGGCUGCCUAUCCUGACAUCGUUGGCUUCUAUAAAAUGGAAAAGUUGGAAGUUUUGGAAAGGAAACAGAGAAGUAAGAAAAAUAAACCAAAAGAAAAAGAACGCUCAAAUAUCGAUGGUAAAGUUGCUGAUCUUCUGUCUCUGAUGAAUUUGCAGUCUACAUGUGAAAGCUUUCCUGAGCAGGAUUCCAAGUCAGAUUUUAAAACUCUUCCUGAUAAUCAAAUGCAGGAGAAAAGUAUCUCCAAAUCUAAUGAUUCCCUUUUAGCUGCAGAUUUUUCCCCUGUAAUUGUUCAGUUACAAAACCCAGUAUCUACCCUUCCUCUAACUGCUUCACCCAACACUCAAUAUCAGAGUGCUUUAGAUAACUCUUUUACUUCACCAGCACAGUUUACUCAACUCCCUGAGGCAUCAUCCUCUUAUGUUUCCUCUAUGAUAGCUGAUCUACAAUUGAGUGGCAUUGAUUGGGAAGGAACCUCGUUUAGCAUUUCACCAGCACAUGUUGAUUCUGCCUGUUCAGUGUCUGAGCUUGGUGCAUCUAAUAAUUGUAUAAGCCAACCAUGUACACUUCAGCACAAAACAAGGGAAAACACAGAAUAUUCUGGUGCUACACAAUCUGAUGAAGAUUCUUGCAUCAGUGCAGAGUAUUUGGUUUCAACCCCUACUGAUCUGGUAGGACAGCUUCAGAAGUUGCCUUUAAGAGAACGAAUAUUUCUGAAGACGUCUGUGCAGAAAGAUACUGCACUGUCUCUAAACAUUGUGCAACCGAAACCUUUACAAUUGUUGAAACAAAUUAAAGAAACAUCAAUUCCUGAGACUAUUUCCACUUAUCCUUCAAUUCAAUUGCGUGACACCACAAAGGAAAUCAAAAUGUUAUCAGAAAAAUAUUUGAAGAUCUCUGGUGUACAAAAUUACCAGGAACAGUACAAAAAACCUGGAAACUUGGUACAAAUGGAGCAAAAACACCCCAAACAAAGCUGUUUGAAGUCUGUGGGUUUGAGCAGUCAAGCAACAAAGCCUUUGAACUCCAAAAGUGAAUCACUGAAGUUAGCAAAGGCCACAGAUAACUGUCACAUUAGAAAAUUCUGUACUGAAGCUACUUGGAAAACUUUCAUUAAAAAGAGUGUGUGCCAUGACAGACAUUCUUCUAGUGAGGACAGUGAUGAUGGGAAUAUGACGGAUAAAAAUCAGACUUACAGAAUUAAACAGCAGAGACAACCGAAUCCAGCUCAGAUGAAGGAAAACACCACCAAGGAGAGGGGUAACAGAGGAUCAAAUCUUUCAACUAAAUGGAGAGAGAGAGAGGCAAAUUUAAAAAUAACUAGCACUAAUUUGUCAAUGGAAGUAUCUCCAAAACCUGCCUCGGUAGUGGAAGCUAACAGUUUCCCAAGCCCAAUACUAUCAUUUAAAAGAUUAGACUCCUGUUCUUCUCUUCAGCAAAGCAAAAAUGAUGACUGUGAUGUAUGGGUAGAUAGUCCCCUGCCUCUGUCUGAAAGGCUCAAACUAAGACUCAAAAGCAAUUAGUACUUCAUUAAAAAUACAUUACAUUAAACAGUUAACUUGGUGUCUAAAACUCCUACAUAGGUCCUUUCCUCAUAUUCAUAGCAUUGGUGUAUGCAAGUUCAAGAGACGCUGUAUUGCUAAGUUGACAUAGUCGUAAUUAAUAGAAAGCAUUGUGAAGUCCUGCUUACUUGGUACUGAAGUUUGAAAUGUAAACAUUGUCAAAAUUGUGCAGUCUCUGGAGUACAACUGACAUGCCGUGAAAUCCGUUUGACUGUAUAGUGUUUUCUUGCCUUAAGCACCAUAGCCAUGGACAUAAUAUACAACAUUGCUAUUUUAUUCCAAAGGAGGUAAGGUUUAUGUAAUGAAGCAUUAGCCUUUCAGCUUGUAAAGGUAGACUCAUAAUAUAGUUACAAUGUGCUAUGCUGCUAUCAGGUGUUCUCAGCAAGACAAACUGAUACAGCUUUUGUGUAACGGAAAUUCCCCAUUGUGCUCCACUCUCUUGAUGGGGUGUUAACUUUAAAACAGGCUUACAAAUACUUGUUUACUUGUUUAUUUUUUAAAUAAAUGAACAGAUAAAUUCAGCAGUUGAGCUUGUCCAGUGUAGCUGAAUUUGUCUGACAUGUCCUAUAAUGAACUGUUAGAACAGACGCCUAGUCCAGAAAAGGAUUAAUAACCACUUGAAUCAGUGCCAGCUGAGUGGACUCAAAGUGAGUAUUUUAGGUGCAUUCUAGUUCUGUAAUUGCUAUCUCUACAUUUUUAUUUAAAUGUAAUUGUAUUAAAUUAAUGUUUGUAGCUGGUGGCAUUUUUUUGCUACAGAACAAGAAUGAAAUCUCUGCAAGUUUUGACUUGCCUUUAGGUAAUAGCAGAGAAGAGGUUAAAUUAUAGGAAACCUAAAAUUAAAUUUGCUAUUGCAACUUCAUUUACCAGCAUCACAUUUUAAAUCAUUGUUUGUAAAAGGAGCCUUGAAAUUAGACUUAAAACAAAAAAGUAACACAAUAGAUCCCACCCAUUAAUGCAGAGAUACAGUUCACUGGGACUACAUAUCCCAAACUACAUUCUAUUUCCCACAGAUCACCACUGAGUUCCCCAUUGGCUAUAGGUCAGGGGUUCUGAAACUGGAGGUGGUGACCCCUCAGGGAGUCAUCAGAUGGUUAUGUGGGGGUCACGAGCUGUCAGCCCAUGGGUGGGCCUGGCAAUGGAUGGGGCUGAUAGGCCUCAGCCCCUGUUAUUUUAAAUUAUUAAAUUAACACACACACACACACACACAUUUUUAAUUUCUGGGAGGGGGGGGGGAUCAUAGAGGCUUGCAGUGUGAAGGGGAUCACAAUACUAAAUGUUUGAGAAUCGCUGCGGUAGGUGAAAUUAUGCAUGACUUCAUCAUAGCUAGCAGCCAAUGAAGAAGACUUUUUGAUCAAAAAGCAAUAAUGUCAGGUUUACAGAAUUUGUAGAAAUUAGAGAAAAGGAGAACCGAUGAUCUCAACUAAUCAAUCCCCUUCCCUCUUGCAGGAUAGUUCUCUUCAGUAUGUUUCCCAGGAAAGGAGAGAAAUGGCUCCUUUACAGUAACUUUCCGUGAGUAGUUCUUCUGUAAAAUGGGGGAAAUAGUAUUUUCUUACCUCACAGGUGUUUGUGAAGGUAAAAUUAUUUAAGUAGUAUGAGGUGUUUAGAUACUACAGUAAUAAGUACAUAAAAUAGAGCAGAAAAGAGAAACAUUUCAAUAGAAAACUCAAGAUCCUUACCUUUUUAGGAGGGUCAAGCCUUUUUGGUCCAGCCAGGUGGCAAGAGAGAUUGAUUAAAACUACUUCUGAAAAUAAUAGCAUUUAUUCUCAUUACAUAAAGGAAUGAAGCAAUAGAAUCAUUAGUAUACAUAUGAAAAGGUGAUCAUGAAAUGCUUCAUGAGUUUUAUUAUGUAGUUACUAGAAAAUGUGAGUAGGGAUCAGUGGUUGACUAGAUCAGGACUACUACAUUUUGAGAGACGAAUGCUGUAAGUAACUUACAGAAUUGUCUGUGUGGUUGUCUGUCUUCUUUUUACAUGGUUAUGAUUUUAUCUUUUGAAGGUAUUGUUUCUAAAACUGCGCAUUGAUUUUGGAGACUGAAUGUUGGAAGAUGAUGUCUGUCUAUGUAGAUUGUAAUGGAUUUUUUACCUUUAGUCCUUUUGGUAUGAUGUCCAUCUGCUUGCAUUCAUCUUCCUUUCCAAAUGCAAGCAGAUGGACAUCAUACCAAAAGGACUAAAGGUAAAAAAUGUUGGAAGAAGAACUGUACUUUCUUUACCUAGGAAAAACAAGAAAGAUGCAGCUCCUACUCUUUUGCUUUGAUGGAAUAAGAUUUGGAAUUUUUAAGCAUUUAAAACAAGUGUCCUCUCCAUUUUGUGACAAUUUUCCUAUUUUUCCCUUUUGGAAUAUGGGGCCUGAUGAUUAUUAGACAUUAGAAGUGUUCUCCAAGGAUGUUCCACUGUAGUCAUGAAUUUUGCUUGGCCUAUGUAACUGCAUAGAUGGAUGAUAUCUUGUAAGUAUUUUGUCAGGAUUCUGAUUUGAACCCACUCUUCCUUGGAUGAUGGAGGUCAGAUAUGUAAAGUAUAUCUAUUAAAGAUUCCGGCACUGCAGAGAAUCAGUGUAUUCUUGGAAUCCCUGUAAGAGCCACAUUCAGUCCCACAGCUCAGGUCCAGGUAUGUGCAAAAGACAGGAAAUAUAUAAUUUCUAAUGCCUGAUUCAUCUCUACCUUUCAUGAGCUUUACACCUGUGUAACUCCAUUAUCAGGAGCAACUUUGGUGAAGACAUACACCAGUGGGAGAGAAAAAUAGUCCUAUGAUAGUUCAGCUCAUCCUUGCAUUGAGUUGGUACAGACCAUAUAGCCUUGUGCUGUUGAAUCUGUUAAGUAAAGCCUGAGACAUCUUUCCAAUGAAGAAACUCACCUACGUUAGAAAUGUUACUUUUCUGUUUUGUCAUCUUUCAUUAAAUAUGCUGAAUCUAAUUAGGAGACUGUUAGGCCAGUAAACCUUAUGUCCUAUACUGAAUAACGAUUGUGGUAGUGCUAGACUUCUAAAUGGACAUCUAGACAUACAAUACUAUGUAAGAACAUUUUCCAUCUAAUUGUACCAUUUGUAUUGAAGACCAAAAUACGUGUUUACCUUUAUUAUGCUUGUUAUAUCUGAAUUUUGUUCAAAAAGUUCUUUACUUACAAAGUGUUGUGGCUAAAAGUAAUUAAGUGUUUGAAAAUGUAAUUAAUUAUAUAUUGAAAAAUAU